ACAACUCAGAAAUGAUGAGCUGGCAGAUUUUCAACGGUUAUUGAGAGACUGAAGGAAGAAGACGAGGAGAGUUUCUGCAGAAGUUUGAGUCACAUCCACUCUUCUCUGGAUCUGAGCUGGUUUAAACGGAGACCACAGCGAGCUUGGAACAACAGACAAUCAUCAGCAUAAGGAUGGAGUCAGACACCAGCGCCCUCUGGACUAAAGAUCGUGUCCCCCUCCCUCUCUCCGUGGUCACCUUUGGCAGGCGUUGGCUAUUUCCCGCUCUGACGGCCACGUUCAUCCUGAUUCUCAUCAUAGUCCUCGGAGUGACCAACACAAAGACGUCCAGUCGUCUGUCGUCUAUGGAGACGAGCGUUUCAAACCUGAGUGGCAUCAUCAAAUCGAUGAACACCUCCCUGCAGCAGGCACAAGAGCGAGCUAAAGAGGUGGAGAAGAUGCGGUUUGCUGUGGAGAACAACAAAGACCAGCUGAACUCAGUGUCAGAGGCGAUGAAGCAGCUGGCGAUGGUGGAUUAUCUCAGCAGGACAGUGUCUACACUCAAAUGUUCCCUUGAACGCAUCAUCAGCAACAGGUCCGGCGGUGAAGCUGCCUGCUGUCCUGCAGGCUGGGAUCAGUUUGACAAUAACUGCUAUUUCUUCAGCGCGACGUCUAAGCCCUGGAACGAGUCCAAAGCGGAGUGUGAAAAACUUGAAGCUCAUCUACUCAUCCUGCACAGCGACAAGGCCUGGGACUUCGUGACCAAGCACUCAGUCCCUGUCUGGUAUUGGGUUGGUCUGUCCAAGUUGAGGACGGGUCGUUGGGAGUGGGUCAGCCAGACACCGUACACCAUGGAGCCUAGCCGCUGGAUGCCUGGUCAGCCCUACAGCUCCAACGGUCGAGAUUGGAGCUGCGCUCACUUGCACACCAGCGGGCGCCUCAACGUCCAGUACUGCCCCACUAAGAUGCGCUUCAUCUGCCAGAAACGCAGCGUGAGGAACUGAAGAGAACAAGACCUGUCCACAUGGAUCCAGGGUCCACAUUCAGUUCAUGCUGCUGUGGAGUUUAACAGUUCUAAAGAUUUACAUAGGAGAAGAGAUCAGAGAGGACAUCAAACAAUCCUGAUACAUAGGUUUGAGAGUUGGAAGAGCACGUCCCAUCAGCCUGUCCUAGCAGUGUGUCCCAUCAGCCUGUCCUAGCAGUGUGUCCCAUCAGCCUGUCCUAGCAGUGUGUCCCAUCAGUCUGUCCUAGCAGUGUGUCCCAUCAGCCUGUCCUAGCAGUGUGUCCCAUCAGUCUGUCCUAGCAGUGUGUCCCAUCAGCCUGUCCUAGCAGUGUGUCCCAUCAGUCUGUCCUAGCAGUGUGUCCCAUCAGCCUGUCCUAGCAGUGUGUCCCAUCAGCCUGUCCUAGCAGUGUGUCCCAUCAGCCUGUCCUAGCAGUGUGUCCCAUCAGUCUGUCCUAGCAGUGUGUCCCAUCAGUCUGUCCUAGCAGUGUGUCCUAGCAGUGUGUCCCAACAGCCUGUCCUAGCAGUGUGUCCCAUCAGCCUGUCCUAGCAGUGUGUCCCAACAGCCUGUCCUAGCAGUGUGUCCCAUCAGCAUGUCCUAGCAGUGUGUCCCAUCAGCCUGUCCUAGCAGUGUGUCCCAUCAGCCUGUCCUAGCAGUGUGUCCCAACAGCCUGUCCUAGCAGUGUGUCCCAUCAGCCUGUCCUAGCAGUGUGUCCCAUCAGCCUGUCCUAGCAGUGUGUCCCAUCAGCAUGUCCUAGCAGUGUGUCCCAACAGCCUGUCCUAGCAGUGUGUCCCAACAGCCUGUCCUAGCAGUGUGUCCCAUCAGCCUGUCCUAGCAGUGUGUCCCAACAGGUGUGUCCCAUCAGCCUGUCCUAGCAGUGUGUCCCAUCAGCCUGUCCUAGCAGUGUGUCCCAUCAGCAUGUCCUAGCAGUGUGUCCCAUCAGCAUGUCCUAGCAGUGUGUCCCAUCAGCCUGUCCUAGCAGUGUGUCCCAUCAGCAUGUCCUAGCAGUGUGUCCCAACAGCCUGUCCUAGCAGUGUGUCCCAUCAGUCUGUCCUAGCAGUGUGUCCCAUCAGCCUGUCCUAGCAGUGUGUCCCAUCAGCCUGUCCUAGCAGUGUGUCCCAUCAGCAUGUCCUAGCAGUGUGUCCCAUCAGCCUGUCCUAGCAGUGUGUCCCAUCAGCCUGUCCUAGCAGUGUGUCCCAUCAGCCUGUCCUAGCAGUGUGUCCCAUCAGCCUGUCCUAGCAGUUUGUCCUAGCAGAGUUCCCACAGAAUGUCUAUAGAAAAUCAAACCUACUCUCUGAAUGUUCUUGUAUUGAACCAUUGAACCAGCUCCAGGCUGGUUGAGAUGGCGGUUCAUUAAUACUGUCUUUGAUUAAAAUGUUAGGCUUUGCUUUUGUAACAUGGAGGCAAAGCUCACUGCUGUCAACACCAAUCACUUCACUUUCAUUUCUUCACCUUCAAAAUAAAAGCACUAGAUGUCAUAUUUUUACUGCUGAUAAUUCAAUAUUUAAGACAGGCAGAGUGGACAGCAAUCAUUGAUGCUCUGUGAUGAUAUCAGACAUUUACAUGCUGUUAGGACACAGUGUGAUCUUAGCAAUGAAAAUAAAUAAAUGUAACACUUUUUUCUGCUGGAGCAAAUCAUCUACAACAUUGUACUGUUUCAUGUUAAAUAAAAAAAUGUAAAUCUCAA